CACUGCUCGAGCACGGUACUGUACUCGAGUAUGACAGCUGCUCGCAGCUCGCUCCAACAACAAGAACACCACUUAAUCCGCCACUCGGCCUCCCACAAUCUCCCAAGCUUCCGGCCGAUCACCCCGCUGCGAUGCGCAUCUCUGGGGUGGGAAUCUUAGAUUCCCAAGAAGAUCCUUCGAUCCUCGACGCCACUCAUCAAACCUCCACCAAAUCUCCGUCUCUCUCAUUGCCUAGCGAGUUGAUUUAUCUAGUCCUGGACUUUCUAUCACCACAGGAUCAGAAGACGCUAGCUGCCGUGUGCAAGAUUAAUCGGCAGUGGUAUUUUGCUGCCACCCCUUACCUAUACCGUCAUCCUCAAAUCACUUCGGUAAACUACACUAAAUUUGUAGCUACUAUCGCCCCCUCUAGCACCCAUGUCAAGCCUUCGAGAUUUGCGGGAUUGGUCAAGCGUAUCGACCUGUCUCGUAUCGUCCACGAUAGUACACCGUCGUCAAUUGCUAGGCUCUUGCGCCGUACUCAAGGAUCACUGGAGGAAUUUGUCGCCCCGCAGGCUACCUUUGGAUACAUAGCAUUGGUAGCCGUCGGAAACUGCAAGCAACUCCGUCUGCUUAACUUGUCUCUCGUCUCGCAAUCAAUUGCACUCGAGACACUCUUUCAGCAUAUUCAGGACCUUCCCCAUCUAGUGACCCUCUAUUUCCCCCGGUCCUCAACAGUCGAUCGUUGUAAGUCAACGUUCAACUGGCCGCCCCGCCUCAAACGUUUCUCGCUCGCGGGAAGGAUAGGGGAUUCGUUCUUGAUCAACACAUGUCUCCCACCCACCCUCCACGAGCUGCAGAUAGCGCAUUGUCCAUUCGUCAAGGACACGUCGAUCAAGUAUUUACUGAAUAAGGCGUCACACCAACUCACCGUCUUGAGCAUUAACUAUCACAUCCCUUGUUUGGGGUUCAACGCCUUUGACAAGGUUCUCAUCAUCUGCCCACACUUGGAGAAGCUCACUAUUGCCGUGGAUUAUGUAUCGGCGCACUUGUUUGACGAAGAGAAUUCGCCGUCAGGGCACCCACUUCGCUGGCUCAAUUUAGAGUCCUCCGGCAACCCCGGCGUCGAGAAAAAGAUUACUCCGGAUGACGUUUUCAUCGCUGUUGCGGAAGAACGCCUGAGCGAGCUGCGCGUGGUCCGGGCGAGUAAGAGGCUCGGGUGGGAGCAGGAGAAUUCAAAGAGUAUGAUGAUGGACCUCAACGAGCUCUUGGAAACGCGGGCGGAGGAAAAGGGCGAGACGGGCGCCGGUGUUUGGAACUUUGAGAGCGAGUACUCUUGCAAGAGUGAGGCGUUCAGAGGGUUCCUGAAGUAGGUAACACUUUUUCCUCCACUAAGACGAACGGGUAUUGAAUAGGUGAUGUAUUGCAUGUGGGGGGUGUGUGUGGGUGUUUCUUUCUUUCUUUUUUUUUUUUUUUACUCUCGUGUGUUGAUAAUCUACCGUAUUUGAUUCAAUUCUAACAAUUGAUGUUGCGGGAAUGGAGGGAGUAUGGAUAUGGGAAUCCCGGUCUAUUGCCUGCCAUAUAGGUUGAUAUUUAUCCACUCGAGCACAUUUCUCACUUCUGGAUUUAUUCUAGACGGAUUUAAAUUUCGUUGUCCUUGGGAGGGGUGUGGGAUAGUGGGGUGGUUAAAGUGGAGCUUCCUUUUUUUCCCUUCAUUUUUCCUAUGGCAUUUUUUCUUUCUAUUGUUUCUUUGCAUUUUUUUGUUUUCUUCUUCACCCCCCAUCACCCGUUUGUUCGGCAUAGGAUAAGUGGGAGGUUCGACAUGUUUGGCAAACCUUGCAGGCCGCUACGCACUUUGUAUGCAUACUCCACUAGAGAGAGAGCACUCGGCCGGCGCAUCUGUUGACGUACUACUGUAUUAGCACAAAACAAUUUCCUCCAUUUUGUUCUCAUUCAACUGUGCCAUUACGCUCAUUGCCGUAUUACACUAGGUCGGAGGGAGCCUUCUUGGAAUUUACAGCCCUGCUCCCAUCUACUCCGAUACAAAUGGUUCUCGCUUUAAGGAAUUCCUUUUAAAACC